GGCAGGUGAGGAGGACUGGUUGAUCCAUUUUUGGCGCGGCUCAUUAUCAUCGUCGAAGCGGAGAAGAAUCAACAGCACACACGAUAUGACGGAAAUGGAAAGGAAAGUGGCGAUCAUCGUCAGCUAUCAGCUGCGAUUGCUUCUUCUAGUGGUGACUUUCGCCACUGCAAUCCAAAUCGAUAAUCGACUCGUACAGCCACAGCAUGAUUGUUUCGAACGGAUAGCGCUCGGUGCGAUGCUGCCGUUUGAGAAAACGUUCCGGAACUCGGACACUAAUUCGCUAAAGAUCUGCGAAACGCUCUGCCUGAACGACAAGGAAUGCCAAACGUUUGCCUUUGGAAUUUCCGGCCGAGGCAAUGGUACGUGUCAGCUGUCGGCGAACACAAUUGACGCAACUAAAUCGCGCCCGGUCGGAACCAUCUUCGAUCCGGACUUUGAUUUGUACGCCCGUAAAUACAACUGUUUUUUAGAUGGGCCCACAAACCCACCACCCAAACCGGGCGGCCUGGGUAUCUUCCCGAAUGGUGAACUCCAGCCCGGUGGUGGCCCACAAAGACAGCCACCUCCACCACCACCUCCAACCGCACCACAACCACCAAGUGCUGGUGCUUUUCCACCUCCGAGUAUUAUUGAUCGUCCGGGGCCACCCAUUUUUGGGCCUCCCGUAUUGUCAGCCGGUAUAGAUGCACCAACUACCGCCAACGGUGGCUUUGUAGACACAUCACGACCAACCAGCGAAUAUGGUACCACCGCCCCGGGGACGACUUACGGACAAACCAAUGGAGAAACGCUGCCCGAAACGACAGCUCCGGCAGAGGAGUUUUACAGCACGAAGGAUCAUUCGAAUCCGAACGGAGGCAGUCCAUACCUACCGACAAGUACCGCUGCCGGACCACAGUACAAUGUAGCGACCGGUGAACGGUUACCACCAACACAAACCGGUGCGACAAUGCCUGAUCGUGAAAAUCCUACCAAAUAUCCGCCGGACUACCGGCCCACGUAUGGUGGAAGUGGUCCCGCCAAACCAGGCAACUAUCCGUAUCAGUUCCCGAUGCUGUACGAAACGCACUAUCCCUUACCGAACGAUAAGAAUGGAUAUCCCGAGAUCUAUGCACAAAACGUACCGACACUAGACAACAAUUACCUUCGACCGGAGUACGGUGGAACGAGUUACGGCAGACCGACAGCGACUGGAGGAAGCACACCACCGGCAGGACCUGCGGGGACUGGCUACGGAGGUGUUCAACGUCCAAGCUCGAGCGGUAGCAACUAUGGUGGUGGUGCUAACAAUUCUGGUCCACAACGGCCAAGUGGUUAUGGUAGUGACAGCAACCAACCACAGCGUCCCUCUGCACCAACAUCGAGUGGUUACGGUGGACAAGCGGUACGUCCAUCCGCACAAGGACCCGGUACUGGUCCGUCAGGAUAUGGAGUCGUUCGUCCGGCGCCUGCGCCACCAGUCCAGUCGGGACCAUCCGCGGGAGCAGGAUACAACGUUCACGAGGACAAACUUGACCUUCAUCCACCAACCAUUAUCAAGCGCCCUUGCUACCGCCGUGUGCUGGCUGGAAAGCGUGUCGCUCCACACUGGGUAAGAAGAACGUUGAUCUGCGAACGUGUCGAAGACUGUCAGCGUGAGUGUGGUGAUGAGAGGCGUUUCUCAUGCGAGGGAUUCAACUAUCGGUUGGACCCUACCGGGCGAGGGCAGGGUGAUUGCGAGUUGAUCGAUCAGCCACUUUCGCAGAUCGAUCUAUACUCCAGCCCACAUCAACGUGAUUCGAACUUAAUUCGUGAUCCUGAUUACGACUAUUAUGAGCGCGAUCGUAGUGCGACGGCAAAUUGUCGUCCAAGCUGUAAGGAUUGCAUGGUCAAACCUUUCCGUCCAGCGCUGGAGUUCGUUCGACCGACCACAUACCGUCCCCAUCACCCUGAGAGCUACAAGCCUUACCCAUCCGAGCAGCACCCGUAUGAGGAGGAUCAUCGGUACAAACCGGUAAUCACGGCUAUCGAUAAGUAUCGACCGCCGAUGUAUCCUAGCCGGCCGGAAUUCGAACGUUACAGUCCCUCCUCUAGCUACUACCCUCCACCACCGCCACCACCAGCACCGUUGGAUUCGUAUCGUCCUGCGUUGUCUUACAAACCACAGUACGGCAGCGAAAUUGAUCGCUACGGUACCUUAGACCCUAGCUUCUUUAAACCAUACGAAACUCGGCCCGAAUAUCCGAGACCCAUCCACCAUGAAGAUAUUCGCCCAGUUCACCGUCCACGACAUCCGUACGAAGAUCGAGAUCCACCACCACCGCCACCGGCAGCUCCACCACCGUCACACAUCUCCACCGUCCAACAGUACGGCAACAAACCUAGCACUUUCAUUCCGUACCUGAUCGGUCAGAAUAUACACAAGAAUGGUGGCAUUUACGGUGGUUCCUACGGACCAUCGUUUAACACGGAUUCUUACAAAUCGAUUUCAGACUACUGGGGCUUGCGGAACGAAAUCAAACGCUACGACAGUCCCUCGUUCAAUUACUUUGAGCUGCGAAAUGAUCAUCACUUUGAUGAUAAUAAUGUCUGGAGCUACGGUGGUAGUAAGUAUGGUUACGAGGACGAUCAUCCCCCGAUACAUCCAUACGUCGAACAUCGGCCAGGCUUUGGUCAGCAGUGGAUUCGGCGACCAAGCCACGAGGAGUGCUCGGUUAAGUCCAGCGAAGGGUUCCGUCUGCAUAAAGGUGUGGUAAAGUACGCACUGAACACGCCCACGGUGAUUGAGUGUGAACGGAUGUGCUACUCCGAAACACGGUUCCGCUGUCACACGUUUAGCUACCGCUACUCGGCAGUGUCCCGCGAAAACUGUCUGCUCUGUGAUCGGCCAUUUAAUUUGCUCGACUUUUACGCGGACCUGGAACCGGAUCGGGAUUACGAUAUCUAUUCGAUGAGCGAUGAUGCAAAGACCUGCCAUCCGGAGCUCAGCCAUCCCAGGCGGGACUACAAUGCGCAGUGCUUCAUACGCGUUAUUGAUUCAGCACGAUUCUUCAAAUCGAUCGUUCGCGACUCGCUUACCGUUCGAUCGAUUGGCGAGUGCGAGUUGGAAUGUAUCAAGGCGUCCAAGUUUACAUGCCGUGCUUUCACGUACAGCUUUGGUCCGAACAGUGUGAACGCAGUGAUUGAUAAUUGUCAGCUUUCCGAUUGGCCGGUGCGUGACAUGGACAAGGACCGACAUCUGCUGCCGGACGAAAGCUUCGAUGUGUUUGAGCGUGCCAGCUACGGACAAGGAUGCGAGAUUCAGCCCAUCAUCGAUGAUAAACAUAACAAGAAGUUCUGCUAUCUGGGUUAUGGAUAUCCGGCGAAACUGCUUUCCUCAGCCAUUAAGAAGGUUACCUCGGUUAAUACGGAGUUGGAUUGCAAAAAUGAGUGUGUGCGGCUGCGCGAGGGCACCCAUUUCAAGUGUCUUUCGUUUAGUUUCAGCUCCCAAGCUUCAACGUACAACUGUGAAAUGUCGGAUUUGGACCAGAGCGAACUGAAGCUGGGCGUCCAUUAUGCGCACACGAACGAUCGCGACUUUUGGCUGUUCGCCUGGAAUCCGUUCGACUACACGUGCCGCGAUAAGAUCACGACCAUUAGCGGUGGCACCCGGAUGAAUCACGAUCGCCGAAUAGACGUCCUCCGUGAACCGGGUGAUGGAAGUCGGCGUCAGUAUACCGUCUCGGGAAAACCCUGCCGCAUCGGUACCAAAUGCGAGCGAAACAAGAUCACAGGAUUUUACUCCUGCGAGAUCGAGGGUGGUGAGAUUGGUUCAUGGGAUUAUUGCUGUAAGGCCGAACACCCUUGCGGCUACUCGCAAGGGUUCGACUAUCCAUGGUGCUUCGUGGGUGAUGCCCCAGAUCAGUGGCGCAAGUGCAGCGAUAAGUACUUCCCCAAGAAACAGCACGAUUCGCGUUAUCAAAACAAGAAUAAAAAGGGUGAAAUCUAUCAGCCACCACCGAAGCCGGGAGGACUGAGACAUCUGGACGGUGUGACCGCACCGGCCGAACUUUGGCCCGUCACCUACCUGUACGAGAAGGGUCCGCCGAACGCGACCGAGAUCAGCAACAAUGUGAUCGACUGCAAGAAGGACAAGUGUUAG